CCCCCAUUUUCUCCUCUUCCUCCCCCUCCUCCUCCCCCCUCUCCUCCCCCCCCCCUCCUCCCCCCCCCCUCCCCCUCUUCUCCUCCUCCACCCUCUUCUCCUCCCCCCUUUUCUCCUCCCCCUCCCCCCCUCCCCUCCCCCCUCCCCCCUCCCCCCUCCCCCCCACUCUUCUUCUCCCCCCCUCCUCCUCCUCCCCCUUCUCCUCCUCCCCCCCCCCCCUUUUCUCCUCCCCCCCCUCUCUCCUCUCCCCCUCCCUCCCCCACUCUUCCCCCUCCAUCCCUUUUCUCCCCCCCUCCUCCUCCUCCCCCUCCCCCCUCCCCCCAUUUCCUCCCCCCCUUUUCUCCUCCUCCCCCUUCUCCUCCUCCCCCAUUUUCUCCUUCUCCUCCCCCCCUUUCUCCUCCCCCCCCCCAUUUUCUCCUCUCCCCCUCCUCCCCCUCCCCCCCUUUCCCCCCCCUCUCCCCCCCCCCCCUCCCUCCUCCCCCACCCUUUUCUCCUCCCCCCCCCUCUCCUCUCCCCCUCCUCCCCCCCUUUUCUCCUCCCCCCCCUCUCUCCUCCCCCCCUCCUCCCCCCCUCCUCCUCUCCCCCCCUCCUCCCCCCCCCCUCCCCUCCUCCCCCCCCUCCCCCCCCUCCCCUCUCCUCCCCCCCACUCUUCUCCUCCUCCUCCCCCCCCUUCUCCCUCCUCCCCCAUUUUCUCCUCCCUCCCCCCUCCUCCUCCCCCUCCCCCCCCCUUUUCUCCCUCCCCCAUUUUCUCCUCCCCCCCCUUCUCCUCCUCCAUCCCCCUUUUCUCCUCCCCCUUUCCCCCCCUCCCCCUUUUCUCCUCCUCCUCCCCCCCACUUUUCUCCUCCCCCAUUUUCUCCCCCCUUUUCUCCUCCCCCUUUCUCUCCUCCUCCCCCUUCUCCUCCUCCCCCCUUUUCUCCUCCUCCCCCCCCCUUUUCUCCUCCCCCCCCCCCCCCCUCUCCUCCCCCUCCUCUCCCCCCCAUCCCCUCCCCCCCUCCUCCUCCUCCCCCACUUUCUCCUCCUCCUCCCCCUUUUCUCCUCCCCCCAUUUUCUCCUCCCCCUUUUCUCCUCCUCCUCCCCCCCUUUUCUCCUCCCCCCUUUUCUCCUCCCCUCCCCCUUUUCUCCUCCCCCCCAUUUUCUCCUCCUCCCCCUUCUCCUCCUCCCCCUUUUCUCCCCCUCCCCCCUCCUCCCCCUCCCCUCCCCCCUCCUCCUCCCCCCACUCUUUCUCCUCCU